CUCAGGCCGCAUUCCCCUGAGGCUGCGACAGCAGAAACUACAGAAACCAUUCCACUGCAGCUCUAUCUUCGACCAAAGACUCGAGCUUUUUCUGAACUUCCUUCAAGCAAAAAAAUCCCGUACUCAAAGAACACUCGUCGAACUCCUCGUUGUAAAUGGCGAGUCUCGACAAACUUGCAAUCCGGGGCAUUCGUUCCUUCGACGACAAGCAAAUAUCUGUUAUUGAGUUUUUUUCGCCAGUCACUGUCAUAGUCGGACACAAUGGAAGUGGAAAAACUACUGUCAUUGAGUGUCUGAAGUACGCGACAACGGGCGACCAGCCCCCAAACACUCGAGGUGGCGCGUUCAUCCAUGAUCCAAAGAUGGCGAAUGAGAAGGAAGUCAAAGCUCAAGUCAAGUUACGAUUUCAUGCUGCAAAUGGAACACGAAUGCUUGUCGUUAGGAAUCUCUCAGUGACAGUCAAGAAGACUGGCUUAACCAUGAAGACUCUCGAAAACAUCCUUGCGCUUGCGGACAGCAACGUCGAAAAGGGCGGGAAGAGGGGAGCUAUUUCCACGAAGUGCGCUGAGAUAGACACAGAAAUCCCUCAUCUCCUUGGGGUGUCAAAGUCUGUUCUGGAGAAUGUAAUUUUCUGUCAUCAAGAGGAUUCAUACUGGCCCCUUGCAGAGCCUUCUGCGCUUAAGAAGAAAUUUGAUGAUAUCUUUGAGGCCACGCGUUAUAGUAAGGCGCUCGACUCUAUAAAAUCGCUGCGCAAAGAUCGCGUUGCAGACCUUAAAGCGGACAAAGAACGUUUAGAAUCUCUUGCUAAAGAGAAGGCGCAUGCCGACAAGCUCCGUGGCCGUAUCAGCGACCUGAACGCGACCAUUACCGGGAAGCAAUUGCAGUACGAAGAGACUAAGAGGCAGUACGAAGAUCUCGUCAAGAACAAUGCCCGCUUCUACGAGUCCGCUACCCAAUUCCGCGAGUUAUACGUCAAGGUUGAAAAUCUGCAACAAAAGAAGGAACAUUAUCGACAGGAGCUUGCGGAGGCGAAAGAAAGCGUACAGGAAGUUGGAGGCACUGAUGAGGAGCUUCAGGAGCGCCUAAGCAAUUUUAGCCAGAAUAUUGAAAAGGAGAAAAUAACUCGCAAUAGACACGAGGUGGAACGACAAGACCUUGAAGAUGAACUUGCAAAAACGCGGAGGUCGCAUGUGGAGCUUAUCAAUGAACACGGAGAACUUGCUGCGGAGGCCAAGGCACACGACCGUCGCAUCUCCGAACGUGAAGAACUCAUCCGUGACAUCAGCGACAAGAACAACAUCAAGGGUUACAACCACACUCCUCUCGAACGCGAGAAAGUGGUUGAAUUUCUCUCCCGGCUCGGAGAUCUCCAGCGUCGACAGAGGUCCGAAUUUGAUAAACUGCAGACUGGGAGGAACAGCAAGAAUGAUGAACACAGUCGCAAGUUACGGCUGCUUCACACCGAGCUGGAAAGUCUUCGGAUGCAGCGAGGAAAUACACGCGAACAGAUCGUAUGUUUACGUUCUAUGUGAUUUUCACAGAAUGCUUUACGCUUUUCCCCAUCAUAGAAAGAGCGCCAAGCUGCCAUUACCAAAGCUGAAUCAUCGGUCGACACGAUGCAGAGUCUCGCAUCUGAACUCCGCACUCUUGGUGGUGAUAUCGAGGAGAAGAAAUCACGUCUCGAGAAGAUCAAGGCGGAUAUACAAACUGGAAACUUCGAUGAGCGCCU